CGGUGGGUGCCGGGAUGUGGCCGGCCUGGGCUCUCCUCUGGACCCUCUGCUGGGUGCCCGGCGGCAGGGGGGAGUACGCCCUGCCCAAGUUCGUCUGCAGCCCCAUGCCCCUGGAGCUGGAGACGGGCUGCCAGCAGGCCCCGCAGCCGCGGGCCGGGGGGCACUGGGUGGGCACGCUGGAGGAGGCCAAAGAGACCAUCCUGCACCUGCGGGAGACAGUGGUGCACCAGAAGGAGACGAUCCUGGACCAGCGGGAGACGGUGCGGGAGCUGACGGCCAAGCUGAGCCGGUGCGAGGGGCGGCCGGGCGGGGAGCACGGGCCGGGCGGGCACGAGGACAACCUG